UCAGCACCUACUGUAGCCAGAAAGUGCAGGCAGGCGCCCUCGCCGCGCAUCGCUUUGUGCUCGAACAACGCGUUUCUCGAUCUUUCAUCCCCUGCCCCUUCAACGCUCUCACCAUCCGACCUUCUUCACUGCCACGGCACCGUUUCGCAAGGCGCAAUGUCUGAUGCCGCGUCUUCAGGCUCGCAAGAUGCGACCUCGUCUUCUUUGCGCAGACCCGCUCUGCCCGAUCGAAAUGCCUCCCAGCAUACUGUGAGCGGCAUGAACAAUCAGCUCGGUCAGAUGCUGCGAAGUGCAGCAUUGAUGUAUGAUGGCAGGCAACAAGACAGUGCUGGACAGGAUAGCAGCAGCAGCAGCAGCAGCAGCAGUGAGGAAGACGAAGACGACGAUGGCGAUGCGAAGAACGAAGCGUUGAAAGCGAAUAGAGCUGAGGCGGGAGAAGCAUCGAGAUCGAGCUUGGAAUGGAGCUUGAGAAAGGAAGAGGCUGCACUGGCGGAUGCCAAGGACCGCAAGCAUCGCAAAGCGAUCUUUGAAAAGAUGGACGGGUUGAGACGACGCAAAGCUGCUCCAAAUGAUCGCCACGAUUGGACCGACACGCAUUGCUCAAUCGAUGGGAUGACCUCUACCGACUGGUCGACCUGCUCCUGACCUCACGUGCGGGCACACGCCGCUGUGCCACCUCAGGGCAAUGCACAGCACUUCUUCGGCGGCGGCGGCAACAGCGAAAGCAGUGCGCGCUG